GCCCCCCCCCCCGCCCUUCUAGUGCUGGGAUACUGGGCCGACAGGGGGCGUCCGCCGGCCAGGCUCGCCACGCUCCCUGCGCCUCCGCUUUGUUUGCAUUCAAAUCCCGGGAGCUGGGGGAGGGGAGAAUCUGGGGUGAGUGGGUGACCAAGGACGAGAUCUUGGCGGGGACCCUUUGUUUUGGGGUGAGCAGGUCCCCAGCUUCUGUGUCUCUGUGCCCGGCACUGGAGGGCUGAGGCACUGGCAAUUAAUGUAGGUGGCUUGCCCAGGCCGAGGUCCCAGGGCGCAAUCCCUGAGUUGGGAAGCUUCGUCAGACCCGGGGGGUGGGGGAGCGCAGCAGGCGCCGGCCCUGCACCGGGCGUCCCUGGCGGUCGGAGAGGAACCCCUCGCGCUCCCCACCCGCCCCUCUACUCCCCCCCCACCCCCUCCUGAGAGCUUCGCCUGGAUCGAUCCCUGAUUAGACCGGAGCCGGCUCUGUUGUCCCGCCGCCCCAAAGCGUGAGGGCUAGUGUCUCCUAGGAGGCUGUGCAAGGAACAGGAUGAGGCCCUGGUCAUUUCCACGCCCAUCCCACCCACUUCCUGCCUCCCGUCUUGAGCAACAAAGGGGCCUCGGGAAGCUGGGCCCCUUCGGCUCCCGGCCCCACUUCGGCCCUGAUGAUUUGGAAUCAGGGUUUGGGGCUCUGCCUGACUAUUGUCUGGGGGGAGGGGAGAGGCUGGGGCCGGGACCCCCGCAGGGCUGGCUCCAUCAGGUCCCCUCCCGGAGCAGGGGAGGGGUUGGGGGAGGGGGGCUUCUGCAACCGCCCACCCACUGUAUGCCCCUUUACCCAGCCAAGGGGCUUGCGUGCCAAAAAGAUCUUGGGGCUGGCGGGAGCCCGAGUUGGGGCAGGUCCUGCUCCCAGAGGUUAUUUUAAGAAAUCCUCAAAUCUGUCAGGCCUGAAUGUGGGGGAAAGGGUCCCCUUUUAAUUUCUUAAACAACUUCCUGUUGGGAGGGAGUGGGUGAGGGCCUGGAGGCCAGAGAAGGUUUCUUGGAGUGUCCAACCUUCCAGCUGACUCAGCUCCUCCCCUCCCCGCUGGGGUUCCCACCUCCUUUGGAAUCUGUGGGGUCUGAGGCCAGGUGUUGGGGGGAACCAAGUCUCAGCUUCAAGGAUUGGCAGGGCAGCUGGCCUGGAGCUUAGAGGCAUUUGCCAUGGCCCCACACUGGGCUGUCUGGCUGCUGGCAGUGGGGCUGUGUGGCCUGGGCAUUGGGGCUGAGAUGUGGUGGAACCUGGUGCCCCGGAAGACCGUAUCUUCUGGGGAGUUGGCUGCGAUAGUCCGGCGGUUCUCCCAAACGGGCAUCCAGGACUUCCUGACGUUGACCCUGACUGAGCAGACAGGGCUUCUGUACGUGGGGGCCCGGGAGGCCCUGUUUGCCUUCAGCGUGGAGGCUCUGGAGCUGCAAGGAGCGAUCUCAUGGGAAGCACCUGCUGAGAAGAAGGCCGAGUGCAUCCAGAAAGGGAAGAGUAACCAGACGGAAUGUUUCAACUUCAUCCGCUUCCUGCAGCCCUACAACACAUCCCACCUGUACGUCUGCGGGACCUAUGCCUUCCAACCCAAGUGCACCUACAUCGACAUGCUCACCUUCACUUUGGAGCGUGGAGAAUUUGAGGAUGGGAAGGGGAAGUGUCCCUAUGACCCAGCUAAGGGCCACACCGGCCUCCUUGUGGACGGCGAGCUGUACUCGGCCACGCUCAACAACUUCCUGGGUACAGAGCCAGUUAUCCUGCGCAACAUGGGGCCUCACCAUUCCAUGAAGACAGAGUACCUGGCCUUCUGGCUCAACGAACCUCAUUUUGUAGGCUCUGCCUACAUCCCAGAGAGCGUGGGCAGCUUCACAGGGGACGAUGACAAGGUCUACUUCUUCUUCAGCGAGCGGGCAGUGGAGUAUGACUGCUAUGCAGAGCAGGUGGUGGCUCGGGUGGCCCGUGUCUGCAAGGGGGACAUGGGGGGCGCGCGGACCUUGCAGAGGAAGUGGACCACGUUCCUGAAGGCAAGGCUGGUGUGCUCGGCCCCGGACUGGCAGCUCUACUUCAAUCAGCUGCAGGCCCUGCAUACCCUGCGAGAUGCCUCUUGGCACAACACCACUUUCUUUGGGGUUUUUCGGGCGCGAUGGGGCGAUGUGGACUUGUCAGCGGUCUGCGAGUACCAGCUGGAAGAGAUCCAGAGGGUAUUUGAGGGUCCCUACAAGGAGUACCGUGAGCAAGCCCAGAAGUGGGGCCGUUAUACCGACCCCGUCCCCAGCCCACGGCCUGGCUCAUGCAUCAACAACUGGCACCGACGCCACGGCUACACCAGUUCUCUGGAGCUGCCGGACAACACCCUCAACUUCAUCAAGAAGCACCCACUGAUGGAGGAGCAGGUAGGGCCCCGGUGGGGCCGGCCCCUGCUCGUGAAGAAGGACACCAACUUUACCCAUCUGGUGGCUGACCGGGUCACAGGGCUUGACGCAGCCACCUAUACGGUGCUGUUCAUUGGCACAGGAGAUGGCUGGCUGCUCAAGGCCGUGAGCCUGGGCCCCUGGGUCCACCUGAUUGAGGAGCUGCAGGUGUUUGACCAGGAGCCUGUGGAAAGCUUGGUCCUGUCCCAGAGCAAGAAACUGCUCUUUGCGGGCUCCCGCUCUCAGCUGGUCCAGCUGCCCCUGGCUGACUGCGCGAAGUACCGCUCCUGUGCCGACUGCGUCCUCGCUCGGGACCCCUACUGUGCCUGGAGCGUCAACACCAGCCGCUGUGUGGCCGUGGGUGGCCCCUCGGGGUCCUUGCUGAUCCAGCAUGUGACGGUCUUGGACACCUCAAGCAUUUGUAACCGUGGCAAUAAAAAAGUCAGGCUCAUACCCAAAAACAUCACCGUGGUGGCGGGCACAGACCUGGUGCUGCCCUGCCGCCUCUCUUCCAACUUGGCCCACGCCCGCUGGACCUUCGGGGGCCGGGACCUCCCCGCGGAACAGCCCGGCUCCUUCCUCUAUGACGCCCGCCUGCAGGCCCUGGUCGUGAUGGCUGCCCAGCCCCGCCACGCCGGUGCCUACCACUGCUUUUCAGAGGAGCAGGGGGCGCGGCUGGCUGCCGAAGGCUACCUGGUGGCCGUGGUGGCCGGCCCAUCGGUGACUCUGGAGGCUCGGGCGCCCUUGGAAAACCUGGGGCUGGUGUGGCUGGCUGUGGUGGCCCUGGGGGCCGUGUGUCUGGUCCUGCUGCUGCUUGUUCUGUCACUGCGCCGGCGGCUGCGGGAGGAGCUGGAGAAGGGUGCCAAGGCGGCAGAGAGGACCCUGGUGUACCCCCUGGAGCUGCCCAAGGAGCCCACCAGUCCCCCCUUCAGGCCUGGCCCGGAGACUGACGAGAAGCUCUGGGAUCCCGUUGGCUACUACUACUCGGAUGGCUCGCUCAAGAUUGUGCCUGGACAUGCGCGGUGCCAGCCUGGGGGCGGGCCCCCCUCUCCACCUCCUGGCAUCCCUGGCCAGCCCCUGCCUUCUCCGACCCGGCUUCACCUGGGGGGUGGGCGGAACUCAAAUGCCAAUGGCUACGUGCGCUUACAGCUGGGAGGGGAGGACCGCGGUGGGCUGGGGCACCCACUGCCCGAGCUGGCUGACGAACUGAGGCGCAAGCUACAGCAGCGUCAGCCACUGCCGGACUCCAAUCCCGAGGAGUCCUCCGUAUGAGGGGCCCCACCGCCUCACAGGGGCAGCGUGGGACGCGCGGCUCCUCCGUUUUUGCACAGGCACCAGCUACCUCAGGGACAUGGCGCGGGCACCGGCUCGGACUGGGGCAGACCCUGCCCCGCAUCCACCCGGCCAU